AUGAGUUAGGAAGAUUAGCUUUUAUUAAAAAUUUUAUCAGUAGGUGAUUCGUCAGUAGGAAAAUCUUGCUUAAUUAAAAGAUAUUGUGAAGAAAGAUUUGUAAAUAAAUAUAUAACAACAAUUGGAGUCGAUUAUGGCGUAAAAAAGAUGAAUAUAUCAGGAAAGAAAGUUGCUAUAAACUUCUUUGAUUUAAGUGGAGAUGAUGAUUAUUAAGAAAUAAGAAAUCCUUUUUUUAAAGAUUCUUAAGGAAUCUUACUUGUUUUUGAUUUAGAUAAUAGAGAAUCGUUUUUAAAUUUAUUAAAAUGGGAAAGGAUUAUGAAAGAAAAUGGAGUAGAUUUUACAAGAUCUAUUGUAUUUAUUGUCGGAAACAAAACUGAUUUAAAUUCAAAAUAAAUAGAAAUGGGUGAAAUAACGUAAUUUAUUAGGAAAAGAGGAUGGGAAUAUUAUUAAACAUCUGCAAAUACAGGAGAUGGAGUAAAGGAUUUAUUCGAAAAGAUAUUUUAUAAAUGUGUUGAUAUGAUAGAAUAAUAAAAAUAAAAAUUAAAAUGA